AUGCCAUAUGCUUUAAGGAGUUUAUUCGUGUUGAUUCUCAUAUUUUGUGAACCUACUGAUGUUAGAAGCCUUUGGAAUGAGUUUUUUACACAUAUGACAGAGGAUUAUCAAACAACAAACAAUGUUGUGGAAUCGGUCUUGACUAAUAUGUUGUUGAAGGACUUGAAUGAACUCUUAAACUUGCACGGUAAAAAGAUUGAAGAUUAUGAUCUACCAUAUUUACCCCUUGAUACAGUACAAGGAGAUUCAAUUCCAAAUGUCAUACAGGAGGAUUUAGUGGUCGAUAUCCCCAAUGAAGAUAUUGAAUUUGUUGCUAAGUUAAAUAAUGACCAAGUGAUUAUGUUCAAAACCAUUAUGAAUGUAAUUGAUCAAAAACACAGUGGGGUAUUUUUUGUUGAUGAUCCAGGAGGAACAGGUAAAACAUUCCUUUAUAGAGCAUUAAUGGCAAGUUUAAGAAGUAGAGGAGAAAUUAUUUUGGCAACUGCAUCAUCUAGUAUAGCUGCAACAUUGUUACCCGAUGGUAGAACUGCGCACUCUCGAUUUAAGAUACCUAUCAAUAUACAACUGAGUUCCAUUUAUGGUAUUCAAAAGAAAAACGAUCUUGCAAAUCUCAUUAGGGUUUCUGCUGCAAUAAUUUAG